UGUACGUUCAUACACAAUUGUAUAACUAUGUAAAUAAUCAUGACUUUCAUCUGAAACCUAAAAAAAAUAAAUUGCACAUUCACAACUAACACUUCUACGAAUCUCCGUCCGACAAAUGUCCUUACCACAAACUACUCUCCAACAAAAUACAUAUCAAAACAUUAUUCAACCUAAAACACACUUGAGAACAGCCUGAUCACAAUAACAAUAACGAAAUACCUAUGACGUAAUUCUUUUCUCCUUCAUAAAACUAUCGUAAAUAUACCCGAAACAAAACUCACUCACAACCACUAUACCCUUUGACCCAAGAACAAAGCCUGCAUCUUACUACAGACUUUUUUCUCCAACGCAGGCCCAAACAUAGCAAAAUAUCCCUCAAACUAUAAUAAAAUCCGACCGUCUACACAACGACUAAAAUAAAUUCUCUAUCUACUGAACUUAUUCCUAAUUUCAUAACUUUUAUUUUAUUUACCAUCUCUAUCUAAUAAAUACAAGAAAUUAUAGAAAUUUACCAGGACUUACCAAAGUUUCCUCGAAAUUACCGAAAUUUCUAAAAGUUCUGUUGUUUUCCAAGAUAGGGGUGCCUAUUCUAAUGGAUAUGUCUAUCUAAUAACUAAAAGAAAUUUCAGUAAUUUCCCAGUAAUUACCAAACUUUCCUCGAAACUGCCGAAAUUUCCAUAAAUUCUCUUACUGCCGGAGAUAGAGGUCCCAAUUCUAAUGCAUAUCUCUGUCUAAUAAAUAAAAGAAAUUUCAGUAAUUUCUCACUAAUUACCAAAAUUUCCUCGAAAUUACCGAAAUUUCUAUAAAUUCUCCUAUUGUCGGAGAUAGGAGUCCCAAUUCUAAUGGAUAUCUCUGUCUGAUAAAUGAUAAAAAUUUCAGAAAUUUCGCACCAGUUACCAAAAUUUCCUCGAAAUUACCGAAAUUUCUAUAAAUUCUCGUAUUGUCGGAGAUAGGAGUCCCAAUUCUAAUGGAUGGCUCUGUCUAAUAAAUGACAGAAAUUUCAGAAAUUUGCCAGUAAUUACCAAAAUUUCCUCGAGAUUACCGAAAUUUCUAUAAAUUCUCGUAUUGUCGGAGAUAGGGGUCCCAAUUCUAAUGGAUAUCUCUUUCUAAUAAAUAGAAGAAAUUUCGGUAAUUUCUCAGUAAUUACCAAAACUACGUGGAAAAAUUUCUGAAAUUUCUUAAAAUUAGUAAGUUCUAGUAGUAAGUGCUUAUUAAUUAGUUUUGAAAAUGUUUGAAAUUUCGGAAAUUACUGAGAGAUUUUUUUUUUCGUUAGUGGGUAAUUACCGAAAGGUCUAGGAAAUUUGGUUUAUAGGUAUUAUUGAAUCUAGGUAAUUUCUUGUAAUUUUCUGUAUUUGGUUUAUGGAUGAAUCUGUAUUGUAUGUUGGAAUAUAAGGUAAUUUCGGUAUUUUCUCAUUUUAUUGUUUUUGCAGGGUCGAAAUUUCUGAAAUUGCUUUAUUUAUGAGGGAAAUUUCCUUUUUUGGAAAUUUGAACACUGCUGGCUCCUGAACCUAAAAACUCGCUAAUCUUUACCUUUUGUUGUGUACUUAUAGGUGUAAAAGAACUAAAUGUACGUGAUAUAUAUCGUUCACAUAUUCUAACCGUACUGUCGUCAUCUAGUCGCUGGCAAAUAAAGUCACCAGAAACACUUUUAUCAUAUUUAUUAUUUGUCUAUGAUUACAUUGAUCCUCAUUCUGAACAAUAUAAAUUUGAUAUAAAUGAAUUUAAAUCAGAAAUACAACUUACAGUGCGAUCUUCUGACAAUACAAUAAAAUUUCUGAAUCCAAAAGAAAACGCUAUAUAUUUAACAUCUAUUUAUGGAUGUGAAUGUACAUUAGAGUCAAUUGCAGAUAAUUUACCAAAUAAUUUACAGUUUAUAUCUGAUGAUUAUAUGUAUGAACAUGAAAAUUUUUUAUCAAGCCAAGCUAAAAGAUUUGUAAAUUUCUUAAAAAGAUUAAAUAUGAAUGAUUUUUUUAAUAUUGAAUCAAAAAGUGAUAUUUAUAAUACAAUGGAUAGAUUUCGUACGACUCGUACAAACCCAUGGUUACAUUUACAUGAUGACCCAUAG